AUGGACAAUAAUAAAAUAGUUAACAACAAUAAUGAGGUGGUAAAUGCGAUCCAGAAAUCUUCUAAUGAAAUCAAUGCAAAUAUUGGCGCAACUAUUCAGUCAUAUACAUUUCCAUUUUCUGUUGUAAAUACAACACCAAAUGUUCAAACACUUGUUACUUUAGCCCAAACGUUAUCAGACAAUUUACCUUUAAUGAGUGCAUCAUCUUCAAUAUUAUCCUCAACAACCUUUGUUGGUGGUUUUCAAAACAAUGUUUUUUUUGAUGUUGUUACUGAGAAUAGUGCUAAGCAAUUUAAAUUAAAUAUUAUUAAUGAGGUUAACAGCAGCAAUAGUCACAACUGUGAAGAUAGGAACAGUAAGAACAUUAAUAACAUAAAGAAUAGAAGCAAUGACACGUGCAGUGAUGACAACCAAAAUAAAAAUGUUGCUUUUAACAAUUACUCUGGUGCGGGUCCGAGGAUAGUAAGUUAUGUUGAAAAUGGUCAUCUGCAUGUUGACGUUGAAUCAGUUAAAUGCACUGAUAGUUUACAUUGUCAAUCAGCCAAUCCAGAUAAAAAACAAGUUGCCAAUUUAGACAGAAGUUUUGAUAACGAUCAAAAAACGAAUGGUGCAAGUAAAGACGAUGAUAACAACAUUUUCAGUUAUAAAGAAAAUGAAGAUGAUGGUGGUAUGAUACAGAACACAGAAUCAGAAUUUGAGUUUGAAAGCACAGAAGCAGAUCAAUAUAAGAUGGAACCAGAAGCUGAUCAGAUGAAUGAUGAUGAAAACUGCAACAAUGAUGGUUUUGAAAAUGAUAACAUCAACAUUGGUUGUCAUGCGACAAAUGAAAGUCUUAAUAACCACCAUGAGGAUUCAAGUGAUGAAGCUGCUGAUGAAGUUGCCAAGCUGAGUUUUAUUAGCAACAUUAACUUUAGUAGCAGCAAUAAUGUUAACAGAAAUUCAAUUAUUAACAAUACAUCAAUUGUUAGUGACACUAAUUUUGCUGGGAACUCUAUAAAUUUUAUUAAUGAUUUAAAAUUAAAUGGUGUGCCACAUCACAGUCUACAAGCAGUUUCUGGUGGCAACUUCAUAGAUAAUGCAAAAUUAUUUAAUAAAUCCAAUAGUAAUAUUCAGAAUUAUAAUCAUUAUGAUAACAAGAAAAGCAACUAUUUUAAUAAUAAUACUGACAAAAAUAUUGUCAAUUGCAACAUCAAAGAUAUGAUUGGUGAUAAUAAAAAAAAAGAUUUUGAUAGUGUUUUUGAUGAUUUGAACUUGAAUAAUUUUUCUAACAAAAAGGUUGUUGAUACGGAAGGGUUGAUGACAUCAAAAAAUUCAGUUCCUGAUCAGUUUACACAUGGAAAGUUUGCUGUUGACUGUUUGCAAGGUGAUGGAGUCUUUUUGGCCAGCUGUGACUGUGAGAUGAGUAACACCAAUAAUUUGAGCAUUAACAAUGAAAAAAUAUUUGAUGAUGCUUCUGCGAUGCAUCUUAGCAACAAAAAAAAUAUUAGCCCCAAAGAUAUUAAAUGUGAUGAACCAAUCAGCAGCCAACUGUUUGGCAUACACCUUAACAACGAAUAUGUUACUUCAAAUUGUAAAGAUGGUGGUGAUAACAAUGAGAGCAGUAGUCAUGGCAAUCAGUUGACUGAAACUCAAUCACUUCCCUUGUUUCCUCUAAGUAAGUGUAAUUCAUUGAUGGCUUCCCCAUCGUCGUUGUCAUCUCCAUUGCAUCAUUUCAAAAUAAAAGCCAGUUCCCUUGUUUCGUUGGAGGAAGGAGCUAAAAAUCAUUCGAAUAAAAUCAACUUCUUCCAUAGCAACAUCGAUGAUGAUGAGAGCGCUACGUUCUGCUCGGUCAAACAUCAAAACAAGGAUUAUUUUAAGACGAAGAGACAAUGGAAUGAAAUAUCUCUAACAUCCAUCUCCAUGGACAGCAAUAUGACUCCAUCCAAUCAUUUUAUUGGUGAUGUUGACGUUGAUUUGAAUUCAUGGGAUCAUAUAAGCAGUGGUUGUGCCAGACAGACAGAUUCAACAAAUUUUGGCACAAAUUUCUCAAACACUUCUUCACAAAAAUGUCAUUUUCUACAACUUCAUCAUGCAAAUUACCAACCAAGAGUUAGUAUUUUGAUAACAGUGUGUUUGCUUGAUUUGAUUGAAACAUAUGAAACAUUUACACAUAUCUGUUGGUGA